UUCUCAGGAAAACGUGUUCCUGUUUUGACUUAGGUUCCUUCUGGCUUCAAUUAUAAAAAUGAGCUCGGUUGCUGGUUACUUCGUCUCCAAGCUUAGAUCAAGUCAACUACUUGAAAAGAAAUACACACGUUAGAAGUUAAAGUUUCGUUUUCCCUUUAUCCUUUGCAUACUUCAUCAUCUCCCUUUUGAAUUUCUCUGAGGAAAGCAGGAAAACAGAGAAUGGAGAACAGAGGUGAUCUAAAGUCGAUACUUCCGUAUCUGCCACUGAUGGAUCAGACAUCGUCUCUGAUUUGGCCGAGGCCGGUUGCAGAAGAGCUAGAUGCAAUGUCUAGAGGACCAAGUAAUACUAAAGUUAACUCAGGAGAGGCUUUAGCCUCCCGGAUUUCCAGUAUGAGGAGGUCCCUCUCCUUGGAUCCAUCCCUCCUUAAACCAUUCGCUCUUGAAGGCUAUGCUGUUUUCUUUGAUAGGAAAAUCUCGAGAGAAGAAUCGGGUAAAUGGUUUGGUGAGGUGUUCCCAGCAUUGGCCAGAUUACUUCUCCGGUUACCUUCAAUGCUAGAAAUGCACUAUCAAAAGGCAGACCAUGUUUUAGAUGGAAUCACCACUGGUCUUCGCAUAUUAGAUCCUCAGGAAGCUGGAAUUGUGUUCCUUAGCCAGGAACUGAUCGCAGCUCUUCUUGCAUGUUCUUUCUUUUGUUUGUUCCCUGAAUCUGAGAGAGCUUCAAGGCACCUUCGAGGAAUCAACUUUCACGAAUUGUUUUCGUAUAUGCAUACACGUCAGAGCAAGAACCAUGAGAACAAAAUAAGGUGCAUCAUCCAUUACUUUGAAAGGAUAUGUUGUUGUAUGCCGAUGGGAUUUGUUUCAUUUGAGAGGAAAGUUCUUCCAUUUUCACACCAUCCUCUUCUUGUUUCUUAUCCCACUUCUGAUUCAUGGAACAAAUCCAUCACCUCUCUUUGCCCCAUUGAGGUUCACACUUCAGGAUCCAUUGAAGAUCAGACCGGUGAAGCUCUUGAAGUGGAUUUUGCAGAUGAGUAUUUUGGAGGUCUCACACUGCGUAAUGGAUGUGUGCAGGAAGAAAUACGGUUUAUGAUCAACCCAGAACUCAUAGCCGGUAUGAUGUUCUUGCCUCGUAUGGAUGAUAAUGAAGCGAUUGAGAUUGUUGGUGUUGAAAGGUUCUCACAUUACACUGGGUAUGGAGCUUCAUUCCAAUUUUCUGGUGAUUAUGUGGACAAGAAGGAACUGGACAUUUUCAGAAGGCGAAAAACGAGAGUCAUAGCGAUAGAUGCAAUGCCUCGUACUGGAACGAGACAAUACAAACCUGAAGGCCUCCUCCGGGAGGUUAACAAGGCUUUAUGUGGAUUUCUGCAUCAAUGUACAUAUCAUGUGAGUGUUUCCCAAGGAAUUCCACUUCAGACAGACACAAAUCCUGCAGAUCCUGUUCAGUCCGAGACAUUGUCUACUGGGCCUGUUCAUCUUCAACCAGUUGUCAUGAGCAAAGAUCCAGACAGCUCUUGCCAAAAGCAGAGGUUGUGUUGUUACUACAAUGAAGAGAAGAUCGGUGUUGCGACAGGAAACUGGGGCUGUGGAAUAUUUAAAGGCGAUCCCGAACUAAAGACCAUGAUCCAAUGGCUAGCUGCUUCACAGUCGGGAAGACCCUUCCUGUCAUACUACACAUUUGAGCUCGAAGCAUUGCAAAAUCUCGAUCAGGUGACUAAAUGGAUUGGUUCUCAAGAAUGGACCGUAGGAGACCUAUGGAGUAAGCUGGUGGAGUAUUCUUCAGAGAAACUCAGCGAAAGAACACGAGCUGGCCUCUUCUCCUGGCUCAUCCCUUCACUGUCUGCUUAAACAUCAAAGUUCUAUUCAUCCCAUGACUUUCCUGUACCUGAAUUCAGAGUGUCUGUUUACCAAAAAAAAGAAUUCAGAGUGUCUCAAGUUUGAUUCUCUUGUUUCUGUUGAGUAUGGAUUCCUUGAACAAAAAAAACACACAAUCUGGGUUCAGUCCCCACUUUCAGUGGAAGCAUAAGCGUUGUGAUAAGUUCAAUGACACUGAAAGGUAUGCCUUUCUACAAUAUCGAUACCUGGAUGUAUCA